AUGGAAGGCGAGGGUAUCUGGUCUGAUCCCCUGCCUGUGGAGGGAAGUGCAUGGGAGGGUGGGCUCCGUUGGGGUGAUUCGCAUGCUGCAGUGGGGGAUUCGCGGAGCAAACAGUGUGUUACAAACGCGGGUGAUACUAUCGAGGGUGAUGCAUGGACGUUUGACGAUGCUGAAGGUGCGGGGUGUGAUGACGAGGUGUUGGGGAGCUGGGUGGGUGAGAUGGACGAGGGCGAUGGGGAGGUGGCGGAGGAGAGAAGCGAGGAAUGGGAAGGAGGGAUGGGACUGGGGAUGGGGAUGGGUUUUGAAAGCACGUGGUCUCGUGGUGCGUCAGCGUUCCCCCCAGGAGCUGCUUCUGCUGAAUUCGAGCCUGCUGAAACUGCUGAACCUGCUGGGCCGGCCAGUGACAGUGCUGCGUCCGUUGCCGGCAUUGCAGCAAGGCAGUCAGCAGGCAGGACGAACAGCACUGCUGGUGGGGCGUUCGGCAGUGCGGCACCGCCUGCCGGUGGUGGUGAUGCGGGUGGGGGGGCGUGCUGGAGUGCGGAGGAGGUGAAGCGGAUUAUGGCGUCUCUGGAGCAGCAGAGCCAGAGGGUGCUGCUGGCGCAGCAGAGGAAGCAGAGUAGAGAGAGGGGCCAGUUGGAGCAAGAUGGCGUGGGGAGGUGGAUGGGGAUGGGUAACGGUGAUGAUGUGGGUGGUAGGGAUGUGGUUGAUGAGCUGGCGAAGGGUCAUGCUGAGGUGGCGCGGGGCGAAGGUGUGGGAGGUUUAGGGCGGGAAGAUGGGGGUGGGACGUUCUUUGAUGAGGCGAAGGAGCUGGAGCGAGAUCUGGUGGCGCGAUGGGGUCGAGACGGGGAUAGAGGUGCCUGCGAUGAGGGCUCUGAGUGGACGCAAGAGGGCGUCAAGGGCGAGAGGAGAGAUGAGGGACAGGGAGGGGCCAGGGACGAUGGAGAUAGUGCGAGGGGAGGAGGGGAGGAGGAAGGGAGGACGUUCUUUGAUGAGGUGGCGGGGCUGCAGGAGGAACUAAAGGGGAUGGAGGGGGUGCAGGGGUUGACGGGGUUGCAGGAGCUGCAGGGAGUGGCGGUGGAGGAGGGGUUUGUGUCAAGUGCACUUGAGGGAUCAGAGCCGGGCAGAGCUACCAGCGCCAUCACCUGCAGCACCUGCAGCGGUAGUAUUGAUACCACUGGCAUCACCAGCAAUGGCAGCAAGAGCACCCGCUCUGGCUUCUCGUUUGAAGGCGCGUGCUCCUUUUCCACAGGCUCCGGCGCUCGUGAGCGGCCUCAACCCGCACACGGGGAAAGCAUCCACACAAGCGGCCUCGCUCGUGCCCGUGACCAUGCCCAGCCGCCUGCAGUUCCACCUCUAGCGGCGCUUCCAGCACUGUGUGAAGCAGCACCAAGAGGAGCGCUGGAAUGCGGUAUGCAGGAGAAGAGUGGAGGGGCAGUGGGGCCUCAGGGAGUGGAGCAGGGGAGGGUGCAUCGGGGGAAGGCACAGCUGGGCUCGCGUGGUGGUGCCAAAGGGAGGCUGAGAGGCAGGGGUUUCAAACGGGGAUUUCUGCUGGGUGGGGAGGACAGGACAGGGAAGGAGAAGGGUAGUGGUGUGCUGGGUGAGAGUGUGGUGGAGGGAGCGUGGAAAGAAAAGGACGGUGGUCGUGCCAGCCCUGUUAGUGGGGGCAGUCCUGGUAGUAUUGACAGCAACGUUGGUGGCGGUGGUGCUGCGGGUGCUGCUGCUGGUGUGGAUGCACCUGUUGCAUCGCCCUCGCAUGCACCACAAGCCGCACACGCCACACCUGCUGCAUCCCCCACGGACGAGGCGCAAGCAGUGUUCGCACGUGUGCACCCGCUCUGCAUGGCUGUGGUGGACGCGCGGGGGGACCACCAGCAGCUGCCACAUGCCAUUAAGCGAUUAGAAGAGGCGAUUGGGCACAGGGACGUGCCUGUGGGGGGGCUUCAAGCAUGCCUUGAGUUUAUCCUCUUCCCGCUCUUGCUCGUACUGUCUCCACCCACCCUAGCCUCCACUCCCUCCUCUUCCAAGCCGCCUGCAUCAGCUGCGGCAGGCGAAGGCUGGGCCAGCAGCACAGAGAACGAUCAUGCGGCUGGAAUCACGCCACCAUCGGCAGCGCUUGCAAGCAUGUCGGGCAUUGCACAGUCAGAGGAGGCUCGGCUGCUGGCAGUGCGCUGCCUCUCCGCCCUCCUCUCCCACCUCCCUCGCUGCUCGCCCUCCUCCUGCUGCUGCGCUGCUGCUACAAGCGGCCAAAGCACCAGUGCGAGCAGCAAUAGCAGCAGCAAGAGCAGUGGUAGCGGUGCGAGCAGCAAGUGUGUGGCGGGUGUGCUGCAGGCGCAGGAGGCAGCACCGCUGCUGGGUCACCUGCUCUCCAACAUGCUCGCAGCAGCAGAGGCGGAGGCUUGGGUGGGCACGAGGGGCAGCCAGGUGGUUCGGGUGGAGGCACUGCGAGCCGUGCGCCUGCUGGUGGAUGGGGUGAGCCGUGGAGCAUUGCAUUCCACUCGGCUGCAUGCGUGCAUGGUUGCAUUGCGUGUGGCAGGGCUUGCACAUGGUUCCUGUCUGUGCUACCAGCUACAUCAAUGCCAGCGUCUCCUGUCGCUUCCAUGUUCCUGCGCCCCUCUUCUCCCACCCUCUCGCACACACACACACCUGACUUCUCACCCUUCUCUUAUCUGCUGUUGUACUGCUCCCUGCCCUCGUCCGCACCCCAUUCCGUUUGAUACUGCACACGCAUCACACUCGCAGGCGCACACGCCCGCCGCGCUCGCCUUCUUCCUCCCGGGGAUCCUCAGUGGCCUCUCCCGCGCCGCCCUCGCCCCCUUCUCCCCACGCUCCAAUGAGCCGCUCACACGUGGCGCCGCAGCGGACCCCUCCGCAGUGGCCGAGGCGCUGCUUGGCCUUUCACAGGCGCUAGUGCUGGUCAUGGGGGAUGCUUAUGACGAGGAUGGACAUGACGAGGGUAAAGGGGAGGAGAAUGAGCAAGGGAGUGAGAGAUGGGAGACAGAGGAGGAGAGGGCUUUGAGCAUGCUGCAGCAGAUGGUGGGUCGCAUGGAGGGGAGGAAGGGGGAGGGGAGGAAGGGAGGAGAAGGAGAGGAGGAUUGGUUGGGAGAGCAGGGGGUGGGGUCAGAAGGGGAGCUGCAAGGAGAAAAGGCAAGCGGCACAGCAGGGACGGGGGAAGGCGCGGUGAUACUGAGGGAAGUGAGUGUGAGAAGGCGGUGUGAAGAAGAGAGUAAUACCCCACCGACACAUGCAGGAACAGGUGUGGGGCGUGCGGGGGCAGGAGGUGCAGGGAAGGGUGGGAGGGGAGGAGACGGCAGGGCAAGGGGGGCAGGAGGAGGGGCGGGGAGAGGGGUGAUGGUGCUGCGGGUGGAGAUGGACGAGGCGUGGCGCAGGGAGACAGGCGCCAAGGUGCUCGUGCUGCUGCACAAAGUGCUUCCCAAGAUGCUGCACUUCCCCGCCCCCAAGGUCCGCUGUGCAUUAGUAGAUAUGCUGGGAGAGCUGUUGCUGCGCUGCCCCUGCUCCCUCUCAGCCUCGCGCCCCCUGCUGCUCGAGUGCGUCCUCCUCCUCGCCUCUGACCACUGGCCCUCCGUCGCGUCCUCUGCUCGCCGCCUCCUUGCCCGUGCUGUCAUCACUGAGCACAAGCCAGCACCGCCAUCAUUACCACCAGUAGCAGCGGCUACUGGUGGGGCAGUGCCUCAGAAGUGUAUAGGCACAGGGUGCAUCGAGGUGGCGAAUGUAGCUCUGGCGGAGAUGGUGGAGAGGCACAUGGCAUCCCUCGCAACUCCCGCCCCGCCCACCUCUCAUUUCCCGCCCUCCUCCCUGCCCCUCCACUCCCCGCUGCUUCCAUCGCCCACCCUCUCCACCGUCUCCCCUGUCGCCUCCGCCUCGCACCUGCAAGCCACCACGGUCUCACUCCGAGUGCUCGCAGCGGGUGUCAUCACAGCAGGGCGUCUGCCCACCGCGCAACACAUCCUGGACCCGGCCUUCUCUGCGCGCCUCUCCACGGCCAUCUCUCUGCAUCUGCCCUUUGCACCCGGCAGCCCCCACACGCUCGAGUCCUCCCCUGCUCCUGCCCUCGCGCUUUCACCACUGCUGGGCUCAGCUGUUGCGUCAGGUGAAUCCCCAGGUGUUAUGCCAGCCAGCCCACGUGUUCCAUCAGCACUGCGCUCUGCAGCCACAGGAGAGGAGAGCGAGGAGGAGCGAUGGCGACGGUGGCUCUGGGUGGUAUUGGAUCAACACGACGGGCAGCACAACCUGAAUGGAUCAUCUGAUCUCAGAGGAGCGACAGAGCCCUCAGUGCGUGUGCUGCAAGGGGCGCUAGCUGUAGAUGCCACUGCCCCUCCGCUCUUCUGGUUCUGCCGCUUCCUGCGAGUGCUCGCCCGCCUUGCUGCUGCUGCUGAUGCCCGUGAUACUGCUGAUACUGGUGCUGGUGGUGUUGCUGGUGCGCCGACGACGUGGCAACAGCCAAUGGGGGCUCUUCCCGCCCUUUUCCAGCCACUCCUGGAAGGACUGCGUGAGGCUGUGGGGAGAAUCGGGGACGAGAGGCGGAGGGAGAGGAGACGAGCCCGGGCCAAGAAGAAGGAAAGGGUGGACGUCGAGGGGAUGGGAAAGGGGGUUGAGGAAGGGGAGAGGGGACAGGCGGGCAGGAGGCAAGGGAAAGAGGAGGGGGGGCGAAGGAAGGUGAAGGGGAGGAGGAAAGACGGGAAGUCGGAUGGGGAGAAGCAGGGUGCGGAAAGGAGGGAGGUAGAGGGAAGGAAGGAGGGAGAGCAGGACCUUUUAGGGCAGGUUUCUGCUGUUCGGGCAGCUUCGUCAUUUCUGUUGGCUCUGAGCGAAGCCCUUGCUGGCAUCAGUGGCGGGCCAUGGGAUCCCCGCCGUGGGGGCGAGGGUGCGGAGAUGGGAAGUGGAGCAGUGCAGGUUGAGGAGCGGAGGGAGGAAGAGGAGCAGAGAGAUCAGCAGCUCAAGGCAGUGGCGCAAAGGGAUGACAGGUGGCAUGUGGUGAUUGGUCCGGUGGUGCAGUCAGUGUUGGGCGAGCUGCUGAACGAGGACCUUUGGGAUCUGCCUGUGGAUGUGACGCAGGGGGGAGGGAGAGCGGUGCAGAGCGGUGGUGGAGGGGAAUGGAUGGGUGAGGAGGAGCGAAGGGGGAUGAUGCGCAGGCUCAAUGAGAACGCCAACCUGCAAGCUGUGAGUGGGGAGCAGAGAGUCAAGAAGGGAUAUUGGCAUGGCUCUGGUAUCUCCCUUUGCACCAUCUUUAUCUUUUCAUAUUUUCCCUUUGCUCUUACCUUUCUCUUCUCCCCUCCUCCCAUCAGGUGCUCCUCCUAUCCCUCUCAGCAGCGCUCUCAGCUCUCGGCCAAUCACACGCCACAAACUCCGGUGCCGGCGUUGGUAGCGGCCAACAUGGACUAUGCCAUAGCUACCGUGUGCCAAGGCCUCUCCACCCUGCACUGCCACCCCUCCGCGCCCCGCCUGCUGCUCGCCGUCAUGCACCUGCUGCCCCUCGUACCUCCCGCCUCUGCAACCGCCGCCCCUGCUGCUCCUGUACUGCCUGCGGCCCCUGCAGUGCCUGGGGAGUAUGCGGGGGAAGCAGCAGACAGUCGCCUGCACCAAGCUGAUGCGAGCAAACGCUCCGGGUCAUCAGCAGUGGGAAGCGGAGGGGCAGCAGCAGCAGGGUCAGCGGUGUCAGUGGCAGCGACAGCGGCGUCGGUGUUGCCAUCGGCGUUUGAGAGCAUGCUGCCCCUCAUCAUCCACCCGUCCUGUGCUGGGAGAUCUCGUCAACUGCUCGUGUACCCUCCUUGCGAAAAUGGCACUGCUCUGUCCUUUACUGCCAUCCUCGUCUCCCUUCCCCAUUCUGCCUUCCCCAUUCUGCCUUCCCCAUUCUGCCUUCCCCAUUCUGCCUUCCCCAUUCUGCCUUCCCCAUUCUGCCUUCUCCUCACUGCCUUCGCCUUCCCCCUUCUUCCUUCGCCCUUCUCCCUUCCCUUGUCACAGAUUCGUUCUGUCCUGGCCUCGCUCCAAAUCACCGCUCGUUUGCAGCAUGCCCCCCAUAUAGUCACCCUCGUUCAGGUGCUCCGUGUGCUGAUGUCAGCAUGUGCCAUUGCCACAUCAGCAAAGCGCGCAGAUGCCGAGGCUGCAGCCUCGGCAGCAAUUGCGGUGCUCCGGAGGGAGGAACGAGCCCGGCGCAAGCAGCUUCGGAAGCUGCGGCGAGCCAAGGAGGGAUGUGGUGGUGAGGAGGGGAGGAGCAGACUGGACGCUCGGAGCGGCCUUGAUAAGCCUUACCCACACGUCAGCCGUGUUAGCCCUGAGUCUCAUGCUGCUGGUCUCGCAGCCUCUCCUGCCGGCAUUGAAGCUCGGCUUGCUCCUCAAGGGAGCAGUAGCAGCAGCAGCUUGUGUGGUGGGAGCGGCAGCAGUGGUGUCGCAGAUAGCGGCAGUGCCAGAGACUCAAAGUCACCAGCUGAUUCAGCAGCCGUGCGUGCCUUCUUCACACGCCGCAUGCAGGCUGCUGCCGCUGCUGUGCGGGGUGAGGGGGCGCUGAGUGGGACGGAGGCAGUGGAGGGGAAAGAGGAGGAGGGUGAGAUGUUGGGGGAGGGGGAGAGGGAGGAAGAGGGGAAUUCGAGUGAUGAGGAGUGGGACAACUCAGGGUCGGAUACAGAGUCAGAGGGAGAUGACAAGGAGGAGGCACGGGAAGAGGGGAAUGCAGCUGAGCAGUGGAGUGUGCGCCAUGUGCUGAGCCAGCUGUCGGAUCGCACGAGAGUGGUGGCCAUGCAUGCACAGCUGGCUGCCGCCUGCCUGGAGGCCUGUGGGCCGCUCAUGGCCAGUCGGGAUGCUGAGCUGGCGCUGCUCGCUGCUGACGUGGCGCAAACUUCUGUGGCUGCCAUGUCAGCGUCUGAUGUCGCACAGCGAGCGAGGGCCAAUGAGCUGGAGGCGGUGAGGGAGGUGGUUCGGUUGAGAGUGAAACGAGCCAAGACACACCUCACUGCCCUGCAGGACUCAGGCUUGGGCACAGGUCCGGCCAUAGGUUUGGAGUCAGGUUUGGGUGGAGGUCUGGGGAGCGGUUUGCUGGACUGGUUGGAGGAUGAUGUGGCAGGGCUACAGGCUGACCUGGCAUCGCUGCAGGAUGACGUGGCAGCCAUGCAUGACACGGAGGAUGCUCUCAAGGUGGCGGAUGCUGUGAGGGACGAGACCAAUUGGCUGCUGCCACGUGUGCACAUGAUCUGGCCCCAUGCUGUCUCUGGCCUCACGAGGAGCCACCCUGCUCUCAUCAUCUCAUCCAUCCACGUCAUCACAGCUCUGUCCACGACGUGUGACGAUGCCUUCAUGGCCAGAAAGAUCCGGGAAGAUUCCUGGCCUCUCAUGGCGGCCCUGCUCCUCCAGGGCCCCCCUCUUCCCUCUUACUCCUCUCCCUCCUUCUCUUGCUCCUCGCCCUCCACCCCCUUCCUCGCGUCCAUCUCCUCUCGGCGUCUCACCAAUCCAAGUCCCGUGGACCUCACGAGGCUACUCACCCUCAGACCCGUACCAGAUUCUGGUUCGGUGGCAUCGCCGAGCCUGGCUACUGAACCUGCCACAUCAAACGACUCUGAAGGUUCGGGAACCGAACCUACUCUCACGAGCCGCCUUCAACCCAUGUCCCGUUCGGAUCUCCUCCUCACUCCCACAUCCUCCACCCAACCCCAACAACACACACAGUACCCCUCACCCUCUUUUCCACACCCCCCCUUACCCUCCUCCUCACACCCACUCUCUCACGCUUCCAUAAUGGCCCCAUCACCAUCCCCAACUCUUUCCCAGACCACGUCAGCAUCCACUAGCACACGCAACGCUGCCACGUCAGCAUGCUCAGGUGUGGCACCUUCUGCGAGAGAGCGAGUGCAAAUGGCAGUGCUGAUGUGGAUUGCAGAGGUGGCGCAAUCUGACAGGUCGAGAGAGGGCGGCGGAGUCGCGUUGAGAUCAGUGGCAUGUGAUGUGAUUGUGGUGCUUAUGGCAGUGCUGGCAGAAAGGAGGAGUGGGGGAGAAGAACUAAUUCAUGCUUUCCGCGAUGGCGGCAACAGCAGCAGUAGCGAUCUCAAGCCAUCCAUGGUGAAAAGGGCAGCUGAGGCAGCAGUAUCUCUUGGCCGCGCACACAAGGAGAAUGUCACCACGUUUCUGUCUCAUGUCAUCCAGUCAAUUGCUUCCACAUCACCGCCGCAGCUAAGUGCCGCUGCGCAGAGAUCCGACAUUGUGGUCGUGGAUGGUGGAAAUUCAACAGAUGGAAUUUCCCAGAACGAGCUUGUGAAAGUAGCAGAGGCGUCGUUACGAGGCACAGAGAGCUCUUCUGCAGCAGCCAUGGCGGUGCCGCUGGUUCGCACGACAAGCGCGGACUCGCCUCUCCGCGCGCCGGCAUCCCUCAUCCCCGACGCUGACUGCCUCGACGUCCCCACCGUCCUCGUCGUCUUACCCGACGGCUCCGUGCGACUGUACGACACGCGUCGCCUGACCGUGUGCGACGUGCUGUGCGACUAUCCGAGCCACGCGCUGUCAUGCACGACCACGGGCCCCGUGCUCCAGCAGCAGCGGGUCCUUAACCUCAACGCCACCUACUACCUCCGCCGAGUCUCCCCGCCCGCGGCGGCGGCUGCGGCGGAGGCUCUUUCCGCGAGCGUCGUCUCGGUGCAAAAUCCCGAUCUUCAAUGCGCGCCGUUCUCGGCGGCGCACUCCCCGCACGACACGGGGGGAUGCCCCAAGGAGGCUCUUGACUCGUCGUUUGAUGCGCCUGGAGAGGAGACUAAAAUGGCGCGGUCCGCCUCCGCGCGGAACCUCGAGCAAAAUCGCGCGCAGUGGGAACACGUGGCGGAGCGGAGGACUUCCAGCUGGGACGCUGCGGAUCCUGAGCCACGUCGGCAUGACGUCAGCGACGGCAUCAUCCGGGGCAAUCGCAUAAAUCCAAUUCUGGCCGAGUUAGAAACGCUGGAAGACGACGGCGAAGUUCCUCCCACGCCCUCGACGGAAUCCGGCAAGUCGUCGUCCCCCACGGCCAGCGCGAGACGGACUCUGAUGGGCAAGCUGGUUCGCUUCAAGCUGCCCAUCGGGCGGCGCAGCAGCAGCUACGAUCAAGCCUCUCCCGUCGGAUUCCGCACUGAAAACACUCGCGUGAGCCCCCGAACUCCGCGCUCUCCGUGCCCUGUCAUCCCUAAGAGCCCCCGCUUCAAACCUUCAGGCACAGCUGCUGCUAACACUUCGGUGCAAUUCGAAUUGAGCGACACGGAUAUCGCGUGCCAUGGCAGCUGGGGUGACAAUCUCCCAAAGGCGAGCGGGUAUUCCCGGGGGGGAGAGUGGGUGGAUGUGAGCUGCGACGUGUUCACGAGCGACACACGGAUCGUCCGCCGCGCGGUCAUGCUCGUAAAGCCUGCGGGGACCAUGAGCGGGGGUGCACGUAACGCACAGCCGCUUAUUCAAAGAAACUCGUCAGAUCCUGCAUUGGCUGCUGGUUCGCGGGCUGUAACACCAGUGUGGUUGAAAAAUGGCAAUUACACUCAGCAGUUCCCUCUGCCUGUUGUGGUGCCAAGGCAGUCGCGGCACAGCGCUGAUUUUAUCUCUUCAACUGAAAGAUGCUUCACCAGCCCCCUGCUUCAUCGGAUGCUGGAGACAUGA